AUGUCCCGCCCUAUUGUUAUUUCCGGUCCAAGUGGCACAGGUAAAUCUACCCUAUUGAAGAAAUUGUUCGCCGAAUAUCCAGCUACCUUUGGAUUUAGUGUUUCAUCCACUACAAGAUCUCCAAGAGCUGGUGAGGUAAACGGUAAGGACUACAACUUUGUUACUGUAGAUGAGUUUAAAUCCAUGAUUGAGAACAAUGAAUUUAUCGAAUGGGCCCAAUUUUCUGGUAACUAUUAUGGCAGCACCGUCGCUUCCGUUAAAGAAGUCAGCAAAACCGGUAAAACUUGCAUCUUAGAUAUCGAUAUGCAAGGUGUCAAAUCUGUCAAGGCAGUCCCAGAAUUAAAUGCCAGAUUUUUGUUUAUCGCUCCGCCAUCCGUCGACGAUCUAAGAAAAAGGUUAGAGGGAAGAGGUACCGAAACUGAAGAAUCCAUUGCCAAGAGAUUGAGCGCCGCUGAAGCUGAGUUGGUAUACGCCAAUACUGGUGCUCACGAAAAAAUUAUUGUCAAUGAUAACUUGGACAAGGCUUAUAAGGAGUUGAAAGACUUUAUUUUUGCCGAAAAAUAA